AUGGUAGAUGAGUCGGAAAGGGAAGGAGCCAUGCGGUACGUCCUGGGAGCCAAGCUUAAAGGUAAGGCUAACAGGCUUCGGAUGCUUUGGCGUAAGUUUUAUGAUUUGGUAUACAAACGGACUGGUUUUGGUUGGGAGCCAACAACGUGUACUGUAACUGCAAGUGAGGAUCGUUGGGCUGAAUGGAUCGCGGCUAAUCCGAGAGAGUCUGGCUUGAAAAAGAAGGGUCUUCCUCAUUUUGAUUUAUGUACUGAGAUGUUCUCAUCUUCUGCAGCCACCGGCAGUAAUGCCCAUUCCUCUGCCAUGCCUCCUAUCGCCAACAAUGACGAUGAUAAAGUUGAUGUAAGCUAUCCUGCAAUAGAUAGUGGUAAUCCACUCUCAUCUGGGACCGAGAAAAUUCAAAGAGCAACAAGAGGCGUGCAGCGUAAAGGAGGGCAAAGUGAUUGGUGGGAUCAAAUUGAUGCUUGUAUUGAUGCCAUAACCGCUUGCAGUGAAGCCAAAACUCGGAAGUUGGCCAAAAUUUUUUAA